UGGUAGUUGAUUUUUAUAACGGUUAACAAUGUCAAAACUGUCAAACUUAUUCUCAUGCUUCCAAAACAUAAACAAUUUUGAAUUUUGGAAUUUUAUCAAAAAAUUUCUGAUAAAAAAUGGGAUUCCGAAUAUUACCUACAAUUUUACCUUAUUUUAUAGUGUAUUCGUUGGCCUUUGAAGAUUUCAUUUACGUUUAUGGUGAUGGAAAUAAAGAAAUGGUCCAACAGGGAAGAGCUCAGUACGAGAUAAUAAAAGAAAGAGGCACCCUCCCAAAAUACGGUCCUUGUUGGAAAACAGCCCUUCAACACCUAAACGAAGGUUGCCGCUACUUAUCAGAAACAACUCAAAGCGACAUUGCCUUGACCAUCACAAAUUGUUUCCUGGAAAUGUCUGGCCACGAAACAUACAAUUGUGAACUAGACAAAAAACCCAAUCUACGAGGCAUUUGCAUCAACAGCAUGUCAGAUAGAGCAUUCAAUGUCUACACAGAAUUUUACACUCACACGCAAAAUAUUUGCUGGUUUUUGAGAGGGCAAAUCUGGCAUGAAACUAUUGCAGAAAACACAUUGAAUGUUGGUAAACAGUUGGAGCUUUCAGCUUCCCUUGCAGCUGAGUUUCAUCAGGAUUUAAUCAAAACGCAAAAGGAGAGUUUUGAGCUGCAGCAGAAAAUGGUUGAACAGGGGAGGUUUUUGGAAAAGGUGCUAGAAGAUGUUUAUGUUUCUACUAAAGCACAUCAAGAUAUUUUAAAGGUUUUGACUCAAAGUGUAACGAGCCUUCAAACUUGGAUUGUCGGUGAAGUAUCGUGGAUUGAUUCAAUAUUAUUCAAUAUUUUUGCUUUGUUUGUUAUUCUGAUAAUAACUUCGUCACAAAGAACCUUGCCAGCAAGAUUGCCAUUAUUUUUCCUGUUAUUUCUAAACAUGAUUAUUGAAAGGCUUAUUUGCUCGUUUUACACUAAAUACUCUGAAGAAUUUGAAACUCAUAAUUUGUAUAGUAAUUUGUAUAGUUUUGUUUGGUAUUCGCGGUAUGGGUUUAUGUUUAUUGGUGCAAUGCUUGUGUUGUAUAUUGGGUUAACAUAUCAAGAUAUUUUUGAGAAAAAUUUAGUUAUUUUAAACAAAAUCACUCAGCAAAAUGCUGAUAUAUUAACAUCAAUGAAAAAGUUUGGCAGAACUAAAACUCCUUCUAUCAAUUUUGUGAAUGAAGACACAAAAAAUAGUCCUUACUGUAAAGGCAAAUUGACUUAUUCUCAAAUAGAUAAUAGUGAUGAAUAUCACAGCAAAUUAUUUGAUUCUCAGAAUAAAAAGUAUCAACUGAGAAGCUACAGUAGACAAGAGACACCAGAUUCAGGUAUAGCACAUUAGAAAAUGUGAAUUUAAGACUUUAAUUAUAUUUUUGAUAGAUUUUAUAAUUAUACAUAUUGAAAUUUAAUUAGAUGUGAUAUAUUUUUUAGCAGCUUAUUGGAUCUCUGUAUAUACCAUAUUAUUUUGAACUUUCUGUAUUUUUUUUUAAAUAUUUAUUGGUUCUAUUCAAACAUACACUCAAACAAUGGAAAAUUGAAGAAAGCAUCUUCAUCAUACAAUAUCCUCGCAGGCGCUUCAGUUGCACAAUUAUUAUUUGAUAAAAGUUUGAUUCUUCUUGGGAAUUUUGGAUUUUUUUGAUUUGCUUCCCCCAUUUGUAAUUAAUUGGCUCAUAUGAUGAUCCAGCUUCACAUUUUUGUGUUACUGACUGCUUACGUUGUUUACUCAGUUGUUUAUUAGAAUUUCCAGCUUUGGGUACUGAAUACCUGGAUCUCAGCGGAUAUCCAUGUAUGGUGGGUUUUAUAGAUUUUCUACUCUCUGAAAUGUCCAGACCUUUUCCGAAAACACGAAACUCAAAAAUCUAUGCUCUUGAUAUACACCGUGAUUGACAUAGCCUGUGCAUUAGAGUUCAAUUGGAUUGCAGGUGGAUUAGUAGAGAUAGCAUCUAAUCCACCUGCAAGCUAAUGAACGUAAAUCACCCUGUAUAGUUUCAUUACGUUUUGUAAAUGAAAGUUUAAAUUUGGUUUUAGCUAAUUUUUUUGUCAUCCUACAUAGUUUGUAGUAGGCGAGGGGUACACCACUAUGCUUAUAAAUGUACCGUGCGUUCAAUUUAUCUUGAUAACAUUUUAAUUCGCUGUAACUUUUUUGUUUUUGAAGGUAUCAAGGUAAACAAAAAAACAAAAUGUAGGGUUAGUAGCCAAGUUUUUUUUCAAGUUACCUAUAAAACAAAACACUAUCAAUUUUCUGACAUAUGAGCCAACAUUAUAUUUUUUUAAAUGGAGUACCCUGU